UAGCAUCCCAACACCCCCCCCACAUUUCUACUCUCACUCUCUCUCCUCUCCCAAUUCCCUUUUUUAGGGGAAAAAAAAUUAAAUUUCUCUCUCUCUCUACGAGAGUCCAAUGGCGACCUCUUCAAGAAGAUCGAGUGGAGGCUGUGGAGCGGUCCUCCCCAUCUCGAGCGCCUUCCAGCGGUCGAUCUCGCCGUCGGGGCGCUUCACCUCCUCCGGCGCCGGCGCCGGCGCCGGCGCCGGCGCAUACUCCUCCGCCUUCGCCUCCUCCUCCUCCAGCUUCUCCUCCCGCUCCUCCACCUUCUUCCACCACCACCGCCCCUCCUCCCCCACCCGCGUCAACCUCGUCGGCGCCUCCCCGGCUCCCGUCCCCUCCGUCCGCUUCUCCCUCGACCAGCACCGCCCCACCUCCCCCGGCCGCUCCCUCGCCGUCGCAGACCACCACCUCUCCCCGCGCCCCAUCUCCAGCCCCGCUCCCCAGCGUCGGACGUGCAUGUGCUCCCCCACCAACCACCCGGGCUCCUUCCGGUGCAGCCUCCACAAGGGCAUCCAGCUCCACCCCUCCCACCAGAACCACGCCGCCUUCUCGCCGUCGAACCGGCUCAACGCGCGGCGGUCGGCGAUGACCAACUCGCUGGUCCGGAUCGGGACCGUGGAGGGGGAGUGGGUCAAGCGGGCCCUCACCGCUCUCAUCCGCCCCUCCUCUCACCAGCAGCGGCGACGGGCGGCGUUCCACCCGCGGCAGAGCCGCCUCUCCGUCAUGUCCAAGGCCGAUGAUCUAUGAUCUAAUCCCCCUCUUAGAUCCGGCUUUCAAAGAAGCUGCAAGAACACGUUCUCCCCGUUCCGUUGUAAUUUUCCGUCGCCGUGUGGGGUGCGGUCACCGCCGUUGGGAUGGACUCCGUCGUCCUAGUGGUCCGUAUGGAAUUGUUGGGAGGAGUCGCCGGCCUCGGGGUGACCGGAGCUUUGCUUGGAAGGCAAGAGAUGGAGAGCCGGUCAGAUAAGACUUUUUCUAAGACCAGACACGUUUAACUGGCCAUAAAAAUAUUAAAUUAAAAAUUAUAGUAUUUAAUUAUUUAAAUAAUUAUGACGAGCUACGGAGAAGAAGAAAUUUCAAAGAAGUAUAUUCUGGAGAACAUAAUAAGGCCGGGCCCACGAUGAUGGAUGGGCUGGGCUCCAGCUUGACCAUAACGCGGACAGCUGUACACCGUCCACCCCGGCCGAAACAGUUUUUACUGAAACAUUAGAAAAGUUGGAAUCCAACACCAACUAAUUAAUUAAAGUGAUAUAAUGAAAAAUUAGAAUGCCCACCAAUUAAUUGAACUGAUAUAAAAUAAAUACUCCAAAAACCUAUAUAUCCUACAUUAGAUGUAUUACAAUGAAGUAUUGAGCUUAAUCAAAAGUUAAUAAAUUUUUUUCAUCAGUCUAUUAAGCUAUGUGAUUAAAAAAAAAAAAUUGAAGGAUGGAUGGGGAACCAUUCGGAACGAGAUGAAUCUGAUUAUAAUUUUUUUGAAAAAAAAAAAUUAUGGAAGGAAUUUAGGAAUAUUAUUAAUGGAUGAAAUUCUUUAAGAGAAAAUUUAGGAAUUAAGGAAAAGGGAAAGUUACAUCAAGACGGAUAAGAUAACAAAAAAUUAAAGGAGUGAAUGCGAACGCGUUGGAAUAUUUUGGGCACCUGGUGGCUGUUGGUGGGACGUCCACGUCACGUGUCACGUCCCGUGCAUCAAAAAAGAUUCGAAAGAUUCGAGCAUAAUUGAAAGCCAAGAGGAGUGGAGGAAGUGGUUUGAUGCCCUUGGAGAUUGGCCAUCCUUAGCACCCUGACAUUUUUCGAUCAUCCGAGCCCGGAAGGCAGCGAAGGGUCAAGCGGUCUAGACCUUGACCCGAGCUUGACUUCUCUGGUCUUGACCAAACACGGCAAUCUGUAUUGCCUCGCUUUAUUGGAUUCGGCGGUAAAUGAGAAUUCUGGAUCUGGGUUUCACUUCCCGCCUCCCCUCCCUUCCGGAGUCAAACCUUCUCUUGGACUUCCUCUAUUUUCGAGUCUCGAUCCUUUUCUGACCAAGUCUAAAAAAGUUAAAUCAUCAUUAAUAGGACUUGAGGAAUCCACUCUUUGCAGUUCGUUAUUCUGAUAGGUGUUUUUUUUUUUUUUUGAUAGGUUGCAAAAAAAAUCCGGCAAUUCCUAAAUUGUCUUAUCUUUUUUUAUUUUAUUUUUUGAGAAAUAUGGUGACAAAAUCACCAUGAAUUCAUUGAGAACUUGAAAUGAUGCACAAGAGCAUGAGAUUCGUCGUAGAAGAUAAGAAAACAGAGGGAGGUGAUGGCCGGGAAAGGGGAGGAGGGAGGGUUGGACAUACGACACACUGAUUAUUCACGCCAACAAAAGUUUGAAUAAUAAUAUUUAAAAAGUAGAGGGAGUGGUUAGUUGGAGGUCAUGUAUCUAUCAAAUUGAACCUAAUUUAUUUAUUAAAUCAAAAUUUAAUAUUUUAAUUAAACAUGUUAUUUAAUUGUACAAAAAAAAAAAAAUCUAAUCUCAGCAUAUAACCAGUUUAAUAAAUAAGCCGAAUCAAGUUAAAUAAGUAAAAUAGAUUAAAAAAGUCUUAAAUGAAUUAGAUCAUGACCCAUCAUAACUAUUAAAUAGGUCGAAAUGGAUUAUAUAAGUCAAGAUUUUAAAUUUGAAUUCAACAUCUUAAUAAAUGCGUUAGGUCAGGUCUACCUGUUUAUAAACCAGAUUCAUUUAUAAUUUGAAAUCACUUAAAAUUGACCGAUUGGGGGUUCGGGCGGUUCAUAAAUUACUAUUUCUAUUUUCUAAAUCUAGUCUUUAGUUGUAGGGUAGAGUGAAUUCCAAGAUAAGUAGGAUAAAGUGAAAUCUUAUUUUUUUCUUUUUGGAUAAACUAUUUAUCAUGAUUAUAAUGCACCGCAUCAGGGCCGACAUGACAAUUUUAAUAGAGUGGAUAAAUAUAAAUUGUAUUUCUC